CGAUGUGAGACUUUAAGGAGACCAACAUUAUCCUAUGUAUGUUCUUUUCUUCUAAAAAUCAACUCUUGUUUUCAAGACAAAAGGUUUUCUAUAUUUUCGGCAAUGACAAAACGACGUCAUUCUUUCGUUUGGACACUGAAAUGGUAUGCUAGAUUUUCCUUUUUCCAGUGUUUUAUGUUUAAAGGGUGUUUGGUUAAGUUUGCAAAGUUGAAGUCUUUGUAACUAGUACGGAAGAUUUCUUCGAAAUAUGUUGCUGCUGUGCUUGCAUUUGAUUCAGUUUCUAGGGAAGUUACCCUCUUGAGUUUUCCAUGAAGUGGGUUUCUCUGUUGUAGCUAUGAAGUUGCGUCUUGCGACAAUUAGAAGGUUGUUAAUUGUUGGGGUGUUCGUUGUUGCGAUAGUUGUUUUCCAAUGUUGUUGGACAACGUAUAAAUCUCUGUUGGAUGCUGAUGGGAGCUCAGUGGCAUUCCCAGUUGCAGUUUCCAUUUCUGAGAAUUCAGAAAACGAGGGUGUGUAUAGAUCCACAGCAAACAAUGUCAUGGUCAAUCUCACUUUUGCCUCUCGUUCAGAAGAAUAUGCUUCUGAGAAAGAAGCUGAUUUGGGCCAUGAAUUGGAAUCUAAUAGGGGGAAAAAUUCAAGAGAGGGACACCUCCCCAAUAAGGGUUUCAAAGUGGGAAGUCAUGAGGAUGCAAUUGAAGGUUUCACUCAAAAAAGACCUAAGUAUGCACUUGUGGAUAACAACCACAAUAUUCAACAUAAUGUGCAGUUUGCAUCACAAGAGAUUCCUUCUGAGGACAUUAAAAUUCAAGAUGCUGGUUUUGACAUGUCUGAUGAGUUUCUUGUAGGAAAAGAACAUUCCAAUGCCAGUAGAAUAGAGAGUGUGGAAAUGGAACCACAGCUGUUGAAAUCUCCUUUAUCCAUGUGGAAGAUGGAUGCCUCAUCAAACAGGAGUAAGUUGGUGUGGCCAACUUCAAUGAAAGAUAUGAGCUCAUUGCUUCAGAGUUUUAAUUCUGCUUCUAUGAGGCCAAGGUGGUCUUCUAGACCGGACAGGGAACUGUUUUCUGCAAAACUAGAGAUUGAAAAUGCCCGUGUCAUAUCAAAUUCUUCAGAACUAUAUGCACCUGUUUUCCUAAAUGUUUCCAAGUUUUCAAGGAGUUACACUUUGAUGGAGCGCAAGCUCAAAGUUUUUGUCUAUAGGGAGGGAGCAAAACCUAUAUUUCAUCAACCUAAGAUGAGAGGAAUUUAUGCCUCAGAGGGUUGGUUUAUGAAAUUGAUGGAAGGAAAUAAAAGGUUCAGUGUGAAGGAUCCCCGAAAAGCUCAUUUGUUUUACCUACCAUUCAGUUCACAAAUACUAAGAGCUACUCUUCCUAACCAGAAGCAGAUGGAGCAAUACCUUGAGAAAUAUGUGGAGUUAAUUGCAGGAAAAUAUCGUUUCUGGAAUAGAACUGAUGGAGCUGACCAUUUUCUUGUUGCUUGUCAUGAUUGGGCCUCCCAAAUCACAAGGCAACCAAUGAAAGGUUGUAUAAGGUCUCUCUGUAAUUCCAAUGCUGCUAAAGGCUUCCAAAUAGGGAAGGACACUACUCUACCUGUCACCUACAUACACUCUGUGAUGAAUCCACUAAGAGAAUUUGUGGGAAAAGCUCCUUCAGAAAGGUCUAUUCUGGCAUUUUUUGCAGGAAACAUGCAUGGUUAUCUCCGUCCAAUCCUGCUAAAACACUGGAAGAAUAAAGAACCUGACAUGAAAAUUUUUGGUCCAAUGCCACGUGAUUUGGAAGGUAAAAAAUUGUAUAUGGAAUACAUGAAUAGCAGCAAGUACUGCAUAUGUGCUAGAGGUCAUGAGGUUCACACACCAAGAAUCAUUGAGGCUAUUUUUUCUGAGUGUGUGCCUGUCAUCAUAUCAGAUAACUAUGUGCCUCCUUUCUUUGAGGUAUUGAAUUGGGAAGCUUUUUCUGUGUUUGUUCUUGAGAGGGAUAUUCCUAGUCUCAGAAACAUGCUUCUCUCAAUCUCAGAAGAGAAGUACCUUGCACUGCAUUUGGGAGUGAAGAAGGUUAGGCAGCAUUUUCUGUGGCACAAAGUUCCUGUUAAGUAUGACUUGUUUCACAUGAUUCUUCACGCAGUAUGGAACAAUAGGCUUUCUCAGAUCAGACCCAGGUGAUGAUAUCAUUGAUGUGAACAAGUUGUAGAAAUCAGCUUGAAAAACUGUAGAAAUCAGCUUGAAAAACUAUAGAAAUCAGCUUGAAAAACUGUAGAAAUGAUGGACUGAAUAGAGUAAUUGCAGAAAGGUAUUUCUGAUGUUUUCAUUAUGUCAUUAAGACUUGCUGCACUAUGCAUUGAAAAGUUAAUAAUAUUAAAAUAUCUGUAUAAUA